AUGACUCCACAUAGUGGAGUUUAUCAACCUAAACCAUAAUAAAAAUAUAAUUGUUAAACUCAUCUGGGAUUUAUAAAAGUUAGCUCUUUGAUGAAAAGUUUAACUUAAGCAGACGUUAAAGCAAGUGUAGCUACUGAUAACAUUAUCUCACAAUUCAAAAAAGCUAAACCUUAAUAAAUAAGGAGUCAUAAACUUGGUGUGUGCAGAUAAUUUGCUGAUCAAAAUACAUGCUGCAAUUCAAAUAUUGUAUCUUUCAUUGACCAGCUAGCCCUAUAUAAAGUUUAGUCAAUUUAAAAGGAAAAGAGUGCUUUUUAAAAGCUUAUAUCAGUCUACAUCAAAUAACUUAAUUUAAACUGUAACUCUAAAGUAAUUAUACAUACUACUUAUGAAUAGAUUUUAAAUAAUUCAAAUUUAACUAGCUUUUAAGAAACAAGAAAAAAUUAAAAAGAAUGCAAAAUUUCAUUUUCUAAAGCUAUUAGUGCCUAUACAAGAGGCGUUAUGUGCUCUAUUUGUGUAGGGGUUGAGAAAAUCGGUUCAUACUUUAAUAGUGAAGGCUAAAUGAUUAUAUCUUCUUAGUCUUAGCUUAUGUAUUCUAAAGCUACAGAUGAUGCUAUUAAUUGUUUUUCUAACAUCUUAUCAGCUUCAAAUUUAGAUAAAAUUAUUAAUGAAUUUAAUUUAAAUUAUAUUAAAGAUAAUGAUUAAUGUGGAAUUUUAGUAAAAAAAAAUGUUUUAUCUAUAUUUGCAAAUCAUAGUGUGUAAAAUAAUGACGGAAAAGGAAAUAAACUGUGUAAAGGUACGCGUAUAUUUAGUGAUAAUUCUGCAUGUGAAAAUGUUUUACUUGGAUCUCGUGAUCUAGAAACUAAAGAAAGGUUAUUGAGAAGUGAAAGCAACUAAACAGAAAGGAUAUUACAAACUAUAGAAGAUGUCAUUCUUAAGCCUAAUGGAAUGAAUAUAUACAUACCUAGUAGUAUAGAUGUUACCAUAGAUGAAGAUGGUAAAAGUAUUUCUGUUGAUUUUUCAAAUUUCAGUUCUUCUACUAAUAAAUCUUAGAUAAUAACUAGUAUUUCUUUAAUGGCCAUUUUAAUUUAUUUUUUAUGA